AUGGCAUUACAAGCUUCAUGGGAGCUAUCAGCACUGGUUUCACUACUAGCCGGUGUCGCUUCCCACCAUUUAAUCUUUCGGCCCUUUGAGAUUGAUGGCUAUGCAUGGCAGAUCCUUUUUAUCUUUCUUGGUUCAGUGUUCAUCUUUGUCAUCGCUUGUAUACAACUUGCUGGCUAUGGAGUUAUUCUGGCUCUGUGUCGUGUCUCGCUUAUCGCAACUGCAUACAGCUCUGGUGCCGCGAUUAGCAUCUUCAUGUAUAGAGCAUUCUUUCAUCCACUCAAUCGCUUUCCAGGUCCAUUCUUGGCUAAGAUUUCCCGAUUUUAUGCCAUGAAUAAUGCUGCUAAGAACAUUAAAGCAUUUGAAGAUAUUCGAAGCCUCCAUAAGAAAUAUGGAGACAUAGUUCGAGUUGGCCCGCGCGAGCUCUCCAUCAAUCGCCCGUCUGCUAUCAGUGUUAUUUACGAACCCCCUACACGAACAACAAGAUCGCCAUGGUAUGCACAGGUGUCAAACGAUGUUACUAAAAUUUCCCUAAACUCCACUCGAGUUCUCAAAGUGCAUAAGCUUCGUAAGAAGGUCUGGGAAAGAGGUCUUAGUUUCCGAGCUCUGGCUGUUUAUGCACCGCGAAUACAAGCUAAAGUAGAUCUUCUGCUAUCAAAAAUUGCUAAUCAUUGUGGCCGCUCAAUUGACAUGACGGAAUACGCUAUGUUUUUUGGCUUCGACGUGAUGGGUGAUAUCGGAUUUUCCAAAGAUUUCCAUAUGCUUGAGCUAGAAAGUGAGCAUCUCGCCAUCAAGGGCGUUCAUGAGAGCAUGCUGGCCAUUGGUGUUCUAGGCACAGUACCGUGGCUACUGUCCAUGAUAUCUAAGGUGCCUGGUGCAGCAGCAAGCUUUUCUCGAUUUACUACAUGGUGCCAUCGGGAACUUCAAAAAAAGCCUGCUGCGUUGAAGGAUCAAGAUCCACGAGAUAUAAUAUCCUGGCUGUUGAAAGCCCUCAACGAAGGCGAUCCUUCUGCCCCACCUGGUGAAAUAGCAAUUCAAGAAGACGCUCGCCUCUUGAUUAUAGCUGGAAGUGACACAACCAGCGCCGCUCUUUCAAAUGCGCUCUAUUAUCUCGCCAGCAACCCGAAUAGCUAUCAACGUCUUCAAGCGGCGAUUAAAGAAGAAUUCCCUGGAGGGAUCAGUGAUUGGACAUAUGAUAAAAAUAUCCCGUAUCUGGACUACGUCAUUCAGGAGACAUUAAGACUAAAGCCCUCCGUCCCAGGCGGCUUGCCUCGUGUCACGCCCCCACAAGGCCUUAUGAUUGACGACGACUUCAUCCCCGGAGGUACAGUUAUCGCCGUCCCAACAUACACAGUACAACGUGACGCACGUUUUUGGUCAGACGCCGAUACUUUCAAGCCCGAGAGAUGGGAGAAUCUGUCUACGGAAAAGUCCCCAUGGAUUCCGUUUACAAGAGGCCAAUGGGCAUGUCCCGGUAGAAAUCUAGCUAUGAUGGAGCUUCGCAUGGCUCUUAGCCACAUUGCACUCCGUUAUAGUAUGUCCUUGGCUCAUGCAGAUGCUAGUAAAAGCUUUGACAAUGGAGUCAUGGAUACGUUUACGUUGACACUUCCGCCGUUGCAUCUUAUCUUUACGCCUUUAUAA